AUGUCCACCGUAUUCUUACCGUCCAACGGUUCUAUGGUGCUCCCCCCCACCAACCGCUCGUACGGCUUCCCCGUCCCCGUGCAGCACGCGGCCUACCCAGCGACGCAUACCAUGAUGCCGGGAAUGAUGCCGGGCAUGGCUCCCAUGCAGGGCAUGCGGCCUGUGUAUGGGUCCGCCGUGGGAGUGCCCGCUGUAGUGCCCCCGUAUGCGUAUGGCGUACCACGCCGGGCUGCCCGUGCAGAUGAUGCCCGCGCCCGGGUACACGUACGGCGCAUCCCCGUACUACGGCGCGCCGCCGCGCCAGCCCACGACGAUCAUCAUCCCGAGUCCGAGUUCGUCGAGGAGGCACAGGAGAUCGAGUUCAUCGCAUUCGUCGCGCUCGCACGGCCGGUCGAGGAGCAGGGAUUAUUAUUAGGCGAUUUAGAGGCGGAAAGCGGAAAGAGAUUUGGAGGACGGGGUGCGGCCCAGAUCGUCGAUGACUUUUGA